GUCUCCCGUCUCCUCUCUCCGCCCUCCUCUGUCGUCUCGGGGUACCCCCCCCAAAAAAAACUUUCCAGUACUGCUCCAUGAGGGUCCUUCCAAAUCACAGCCCCAGAGUAGGGGGUCCUCCUGCGCAAUCCCGCCCCUCUGGGUCUCAUUUGCAAAUCUCCUCCACCAGACGCCGGGGGGGAACCCUCGGCCUGCCACCCUGGCCUGGCCACGCGAGCCGGGUGCUCCCGGCACUCCGCAGGCGCAGCCCUUCGGGGCCGCCUGGACUGCGGAGCUGCCGACCGCAAUGCAGACGCGGGUCCUCCAGCGCUGCCGGCGCAGCUGUCCUCCGCGGGCCCCGGAGCUGCGGGGUCCGUGCUCCUCUCGUGCCCUGCGCUCCGGACGGCUUCCCCAGCUGAGCGCCGUCCCCAGCCCCGGUCCAGCACGCUCUGGACGCCUCUGCCUUCCCCUCCCCCUGCAGACCGGCCCCGGGGGUGGGGUUUCCCUGUGCGCUCGCCCUCUCCCAUCCCCACCCCUCAUGUGUGCCCACCCCUCCCCCGCCCGCCCCUAUGUAUGUGUCACCGCGCGCCAUUCCCGCCCACCUACCUCCUCGCGGUGCCAGAGGGGGCUCACUGAGCUGAGGACGCGGGCAGCACCGCUCAAGGUCCCUCACUCUCUCUCCGCACCCUUGCCGGCUGGCAUCUGACGCAGGUGCCAAGGGGGCUCCGGGCACCUUUCUGUGUCCCUUCCCUCUAUCAACCCUGCUCCGCAACCCAGCCAGGUAGCUGCCACUGAGGCCACCGCCCGAGGGGACCUGCGGACAAGACGCCGGCGGGAGGAGGGGUGCGCAGGGCACCCCCCACGCAGAGCAUCCCCGCUGCAGCGCAGCAAGACCCGGGGCUCGCAGCCCCCAGGAAUCCCUAGCUGCCUCGCCAGCGUUACGGGACUGAAGUUCUUGGAGGAGCAAGUACAACUCUUCAAGGUGAACUAUGACCACUUUACUAUUGGUCUUUGUGACUCUGAGGGUCAUCGCGGCAGUGAUCUCAGAAGAAAUUCCAGACCAUGACAACUCACUGAGCGUGAGCAUCCCUCAACCAUCCCCACUGAAGGUCCUCCUAGGGACUUCCCUCACCAUCCCCUGCUACUUCAUCGACCCCAUGCAUCCUGUGACCACUGCGCCCUCCACUGCCCCCCUUGCCCCAAGAAUCAAGUGGAGCCGCGUUUCCAAGGAGAAAGAGGUCGUACUGUUGGUGGCCACUGAAGGACAGGUUCGAGUCAACAGCAUCUACCAAGACAAGGUGUCAUUACCCAACUAUCCAGCCAUCCCCAGUGAUGCCACCUUGGAGAUCCAGAACCUUCGCUCCAAUGACUCUGGGAUCUAUCGCUGUGAGGUGAUGCAUGGCAUUGAGGACAGCGAAGCCACCCUGGAGGUCAUAGUAAAAGGUAUCGUGUUCCACUACAGAGCCAUCUCCACACGCUACACGCUGGACUUUGACCGAGCACAGCGGGCCUGCCUGCAGAACAGCGCCAUCAUCGCCACACCUGAGCAGCUGCAGGCUGCCUAUGAGGACGGCUUCCACCAGUGCGAUGCGGGCUGGCUGGCUGACCAGACCGUCAGGUACCCCAUCCACACUCCUCGGGAAGGCUGCUAUGGAGACAAGGAUGAGUUUCCUGGAGUGAGAACCUACGGCAUCCGAGACACCAAUGAGACCUAUGAUGUGUACUGCUUCGCUGAGGAGAUGGAGGGCGAGGUCUUUUAUGCCACAUCCCCGGAGAAGUUCACCUUCCAGGAGGCAGCCAAUGAGUGCCGGAGGCUGGGGGCGCGGCUGGCCACCACAGGCCAGCUCUACCUGGCCUGGCAAGGCGGGAUGGACAUGUGCAGCGCCGGCUGGCUGGCCGACCGCAGCGUGCGCUACCCCAUCUCCAAGGCUCGGCCCAACUGUGGAGGCAACCUCCUGGGUGUGAGGACUGUCUAUCUGCACGCCAACCAGACAGGCUAUCCUGACCCCUCAUCCCGCUAUGACGCCAUCUGUUACACAGGGGAAGACUUUGUAGACAUCCCAGAAAACUUCUUCGGGAUGGGCGGUGAAGACGACAUCACCAUCCAGACAGUGACCUGGCCAGACCUGGAGCUGCCCCUGCCCCGAAAUAUCACUGAGGGAGAAGUCCGGGGCAAUGUGAUCCUCACCGCAAAGCCCAUCUUCGACCUGUCCCCCACUAUCUCAGAGCCGGAGGAGGCCCUCACAGUUAUCCCUGAUGUGAGGGCCACAGCCUUCCCUGAGGCUGAGGAGAGAACUGAAGGGGCCACCAGGCCCUGGGGCUUUCCUGAGGAAAGCACACGUGGACUGGACUCUGCCACGGCCUUCACCAGUGAGGACCUGGUGGUACAAGUGACCCUCGGGCCAGGUGCAGCUGAAGUCCCUGGCCAGCCCCGCUUGCUGGGGGGAGUUGUAUUCCACUAUCGCCCGGGCUCCACCAGAUACUCUCUGACAUUCGAGGAGGCACAGCAGGCCUGCAUGCAGACCGGGGCGGUCAUGGCCUCACCCGAGCAGCUCCAGGCUGCCUAUGAGGCAGGCUAUGAGCAGUGUGAUGCUGGCUGGCUGCAGGACCAGACUGUCAGAUACCCCAUUGUGAGCCCUCGGACCCCAUGUGUGGGUGACAAGGACAGCAGCCCCGGGGUCAGGACCUACGGCGUGCGCCCGUCAUCAGAGACCUAUGAUGUCUACUGCUACGUGGACAAGCUUGAGGGGGAAGUGUUCUUCGCCACACGCCUCGAGCAGUUCACCUUCCAGGAAGCGCAGGCCUUCUGUGAAGCCCAAAAUGCCACCUUGGCCUCCACUGGCCAGCUCUACGCUGCCUGGAGCCGUGGCCUGGACAAGUGCUAUGCUGGCUGGCUGGCAGAUGGCAGCCUCCGAUACCCCAUCGUCACCCCUCGGCCUGCCUGCGGUGGGGACAAACCGGGCGUGAGAACUGUCUACCUCUACCCCAACCAGACCGGCCUCCCAGACCCAUUGUCCAGGCACCAUGCCUUCUGCUUCCGAGGUGUGUCAGUGGUGACCUCUCCAGGACAAGAAGAAGGUGGCAUUCCCACAUCACCCUCCGACAUAGAGGACUGGAUCGUCACUCAGGUGGGGCCUGGUGUGGAGGCUGUCCCAUUGGAGACGGAGACAGCAGCAGGGCCAGAUUUCACCACUGAAUCAGAAAAACAGACUGAAUGGGAACCAGCCUACACCCCAGUGGGUACAUCCCCACUGCCAGGGAUCCCUCCCACGUGGCUUCCCACCAUCUCAGCAGCAGAGGAUCACACUGAAAUCCCCUCUGCCUCAGAAGUGCCUUCCACCUCAGAGGAGCCACAUACAACAUCACUUACGCCGCCAAGUGGGACGGAGCUGCCCGGCUCUGGGGAGGCAUCAGGGCCACAUGGCAUCAGUGGUGACUUCACAGGCAGUGGAGAAGCUUCAGGACACCUUGACUCCAGUGGGCAGCCAUCACGGGGCGGUGAAAGUGGACUUCCCUCUGGUGACCUCGACUCCAGUGGCCUCAGCCCCACAGUGAGCUCAGGCCUGCCUGUAGAAAGUGGACUGGCCUCAGGGGAUGGAGAAGGAGUGGCAUGGUCCCACACUCCCACAGUUGGCAAGCUGCCCUCUGGAGGUGAGGACCUAGAAGGCUCUGCCUCUGGAGACCUUAGCGGGUUGCCUUCUGGAAGGGAAACAAUAGAAACUUCUGCUUCUGGAGCAGAAGAUAUCAGUGGGCUUCCUUCUGGAGGAGAUGGUCCAGAAACUUCUACCUCUAGAGUAGAGGAUGUCGGCAGGAUUCCUUCUGGAGAAGGUCUAGAAACUUCUACCUCUAGAGUAGAGGAUGUCAGCAGGCUUCCUUCUGGAGAAGGUCUAGAAACUUCUACCUCUGGAGUAGAGGAUGUCAGUGGGCUUCCUUCUGGAGGAGAUGGUCUAGAAACUUCUACCUCUGGAGUAGAGGAUGUCAGUGGGAUUCCUAUUGGAAGAGAAGGUCUAGAAACUUCUACCUCUGGAAUUGAGGAUGUCAGUGGAAUUCCUACUGAAAGAGAAGGUCUAGAGACAUCUGCCUCUGGAGUAGAGGACCUCAGUGGACUUCCUUCUGGAGAAGAAGGUCCAGAAACAUCUACCUCUGGAAUAGAGGACAUCAGUGUACUUCCUACUGGAGGAGAAAAUCUAGAAACUUCUGCUUCUGGAGUGGGAGAUCUGAGUGGACUUUCCUCAGGAGGAGAAAGUCUAGAAACAUCUGCUUCAGGUACAGAGGACGUCACCCAGCUUCCUACUGAAAGAGAAGGUCUAGAGACCUCUGCUUCUGGAGUAGAGGACAUCAAUGUGCUUCCUACUGGAAGAGAAAGUCUAGAAACUUCUGCCUCUGGCGUAGAGGAUGUUAGUGGACUUCCUUCUGGAACAGGAGGUCUAGAAACUUCUGCCUCUGGCAUAGAGGACUUUACUGUGCUCCCUACUGAAGCAGAAGUUCUAGAAACUUCUGCCUCUGGAGUAGAGGAUGUUAGUGGACUUCCUUCCGGAACAGGAGGUCUAGAGCCUUCUGCCUCUGGCAUAGAGGACAUUAGUCUGCUCCCUACUGAAGCAGAAGGUCUAGAAACUUCCACCUCUGGAGGCUAUGUCAGUGGGAUUCCUUCUGGUGGAGAUGCUAUAGAAACCUCUGCUUCUGGAGUAGAGGGUGUGAGUGGACUUCCUUCUGGAGGUGAUGGUUUAGAAACUUCUGCCUCUGGAGUGGAGGAUCUUGGUCUUUCUACCAGGGAAGGUCUGGAGAUUUCUGCUUCCGGAGAAGGUGUUACUGAUUCUCCUUCUGGAAGAGAGGAUCUAGAGCCCUCUGUUUCUGGGGUGGGUGAUGACCUCAGUGGACUUCCUUCUGGAAAAGAAGGCCUAGAAACCUCGGCUUCUGGAGCUGAGGACCUUGGUGGGUUGCCUUCUGGAAAAGAAGAUUUGGUAGGUUCUGCUUCUGGAGCCCUGGACUUUGAUAAGGUUCCUUCCGGAACUCUAGGAAGUGGCCAAACUCCAGAAACAAGUGGCCUUCCCUCUGGAUUUAGUGGUGAGUAUUCUGGAGUGGACGUUGGAAGUGGCCCAUCCUCUGGCCUGCCUGACUUCAGUGGACUUCCGUCUGGGUUCCCAACUGUCUCCCUAGUGGACAGUACCUUAGUGGAAGUGGUCACAGCCACCACUGCCGGUGAACUGGAAGGAAGGGGAACCAUUGGCAUCAGUGGUUCAGGAGAAGUAUCAGGGCUGCCCCUCAGUGGGUUGGACAGUAGUGGGGACAUUAGUGGUCUCCCUUCAGGAACUGAACUCAGUGGCCAAGCAUCUGGGGCUCCUGGAGUUAGUGGAGAAACAUCUGGAUUUUUUGAUGCUAGUGGACAGCCAUUUGGGUCUCCUGACAUCAGUGGGGGAACAUCUGGGAUUACUGAAGUCAGUGGGCAGCCAUCAGGGAUUCCUGACACCAGUGGGACCUCUGAAGUGACUGAGCUUAGCGGACUGUCCUCUGGACAACCAGAUGUCAGUGAAGAAGGCUCUGGAGCUCUCUUUGGCAGUGGCCAGACCUCUGGUAUAACUUCCGUGAGUGGAGAAACUUCUGGGCUUCCAGAUCUCAGUGGGCAGCCCUCAGGGUUGCCGGUGUUCAGCGGAACAACACCCAGAACCCCAGACCUAGCUUCUGGCACCAUGAGUGGUAGUGGGGACUCUUCUGGCAUCACAUUCGUGGACACUAGCCUUGUCGAAGUGACCCCUACCACAUUUAAAGAAGAAGAAGGCUUAGGAUCUGUGGAACUCAGCGGCCUCCCUUCAGGGGAGAUGGAUCUGUCCGGCACAUCUGCGACGGUGGAUAUCAGUGGACAAUCAUCUGGAACAAUUGAUUCCAGUGGAUUCACAUCCCCAGCUCCAGAAUUCAGUGGCCUCCCAAGCGGAGUAGCUGAGGUCAGUGGAGAAUUCUCUGGAGCUGAGGCUGGCAGCAGCUUGCCCUCCGGAGCAUAUGCUGGCCAUGACCUUGCCUCGGCUUUCCCUACUGUGUCUCUUGUAGACAGAACUUUGGUGGAAUCUAUAACCCAGGCUCCCACGGCUCAAGAAGCUGGAGAAGGGCCUUCGGGCAUUUUGGAACUCAGUGGUACCCAUUCUGGAACACCAGACAUGUCUGGGGACCUUUCUGGGUCUUCGGACCUAAGCACACUGCAGUCUGGGCUGGUGGAACCCAGCACAGAGCCUCCGAGCUCUCCGUAUGUCAGUGGGGACUUUUCUAGCAGCACUGAUGUAAGUGGAGAAUCCGUGGUUGCCACAGCUGGCAGUGGGGAAGCCUCGGGGCUUCCGGAAGUCACUUUAAUCACUUCAGAGUUAGUGGAGGGUGUGACUGAACCAACCGUUUCCCAGGAACUUGGCCAAGGCCCUUCUGUGACAUAUACUCCCGGGCUCUUUGAUGCCAGUGGGGAAGCCUCAGCGUCUGAGGACCUUGGCGGAGCUGUGACAAACUUCCCUGGGUCUGGGGUAGAAGCAUCAGUCCCAGAAGCCAGCAGUGAGUCCUCCUUGGCUUACCCUGAGGCUGGAGUGGGAGCCUCUGUUGCCCCCGAGGCCAGCAGUAAACUGUCUGGGUUCCCAGAUCUGCUUGAAAUCACCUCUGCUUCUUCCCACGAAGCAGAUCUGGAGGUGACAACCUCAGGCACGGAAGUGAGCAGCACCUCAUGGACCUUUCAGGAAGGCACCGGGGAGGGGUCUGCUGCUCUGGAAGUGAGUGGAAAAUCUACCACUACCUCCAGUGUGGACACAGACACUUCGGGCAUACCUUCUGCCAUUCCCGUGGCUUCCGGAGACAGGACCGAAGUCAGUGGAGAAUGGUCUGAUCACACCUCAGAGCAGAAUGCUGCCAUCAGCACCACUCUCCCAGAGUACGAGCAGGCCCAGCCUACCCAGAGCCCUGCAGAGACACAUCAAGAGAUCGAAUCCCCGAUCCCCUCAUACUCAGGAGAGGAGACCCAAACAGCAGAAACAACCAUAUCCCUGACAGACGGCCCCAGCCCCUCCUCUCCAGAAGGGUCAGGGGAAGCAGAGUCAACAGCGGCAGACAUUGAUGAGUGCCUCUCAAGCCCUUGUCUGAAUGGAGCCACCUGCGUGGAUGCCAUCGACACUUUCACAUGCUUAUGCCUUCCCAGCUACGGAGGGGACCUGUGUGAGAUCGACCAGGAACAAUGCGAGGAGGGCUGGACCAAAUUCCAGGGCCACUGUUACCGCCACUUCCCGGACCGCGAGACCUGGGUGGACGCUGAGAGAAGGUGUCGAGAGCAGCAGUCACAUCUGAGCAGUAUUGUCACCCCCGAGGAACAGGAGUUUGUCAACAAAAAUGCUCAAGACUACCAGUGGAUAGGUCUGAAUGACAGGACCAUCGAAGGGGACUUCCGCUGGUCUGAUGGACACUCCCUGCAAUUUGAGAAGUGGCGUCCCAACCAGCCUGACAACUUCUUUGCCACUGGAGAGGAUUGCGUGGUAAUGAUCUGGCAUGAGCAGGGUGAAUGGAACGAUGUACCCUGCAAUUACCAGUUGCCCUUCACGUGUAAAAAGGGCACCGUGGCCUGUGGAGACCCCCCAGUGGUGGAGCAUGCCAGGACCCUCGGGCAGAAGAAGGACCGAUAUGAGAUCAGCUCCCUGGUACGGUACCAGUGUACUGAGGGCUUUGUCCAGCGCCACGUGCCCACCAUCCGGUGCCAGCCCAGUGGGCACUGGGAAGAACCUCGAAUCACCUGCACAGACCCCACCACCUACAAGCGCAGGCUACAGAAGCGGAGCUUGAGAGCCACACAGAGGAGCCGUCCCAGCAUGGCCCACUGAGAGGAGCUUCCCGACCGACCACAACGUGCCCCCAGGAUGCUGAGCCCAGCGGCCAGCCAGGCUGACCGUGCAUCCCAGCCAGAAGGUGUCUUCCUGUCGCUUGUUGUCAUAUAAGGAAUCCAUUAAAGAAGGAAAAAUACCCCACAUUCUGUGUGCCCCAACUCCUCACAUCACCCAAACUCCAUCUAAUUUGUCCCCCACCCCACCCCCCCAAAAAAAAAGCCAAAGCGAAUUUCCUGUGACCCGUGGACUGAGUUUAGAGACACUUCUUCAAUCUCCCACCGUGCCUUUCCAGGGACCAGUGCAGGGACAGGGUGAGAAGGAAGGGGUUAAAUUAAAUAAAGAAGAUUAUUUUUUUUGUUUGUUUCCUGACUUUACCUAAGAGCAGUGCAGUGGUCGGUUAUUUCAACCCCAGGGAAAGCUAGGGAGGCAGGAGGAGGGGCUGGAAGGAGACAGGACGGGGGAGGGGGGAGGGGGGCCUCAGAGCACGAAGGACUCAGAAGAGAUUAACUGCAGCUUCAUAUGUUGGACAAAAGGAACCGAGGUCUGUGCCAUCUAUGAGGGAAGGAGCCUGGGGCAGGGGACAGGCUGGCCAAGAGGCAAUGAGGUUGCCUUCCCCCUGGGGCCCCUCUUCUAGUGACCUCUCACCGGGGUCAACCACCCUAAGCAGGUGCCAUUCCUCGGCUGGACUGGGUAGGGGCACUUCCUCCCCAGGGGUGCUCCGCCGUCCCCUCCCCUCUCCCCAUCCCGGGACGGUGCAGGCGCCAGUGUUCCGUGCACCUAUUUAUAUUUUUGAAAACUAAAGAUUAUGAUAAUUAUAAUAAUAAAGACAUUGG